AUGAGUUACGCAAAGAAGGAUGAGGAUGCCGACCACUCCAGCUUCAAGCUGGACCGCACUUCUGUCUUCCAAGAUGCCCGACUGUUCAACUCGUCCCCCAUAUCGCCUCGAAAAUGCCGAACACUCCUCACCAAGAUUGCUGUCCUCCUCUUCACGGGGGAGAAGUUCCCCACCAACGAAGCGACAACCCUAUUCUUCGGUAUCUCCAAGUUGUUCCAGAACAAGGACCCUUCGCUCCGUCAGAUGGUCUAUCUUAUUCUCAAAGAGCUGGCUCACACUGCCGAAGAUGUCAUCAUGUCCACGAGCAUUAUCAUGAAGGAUAUGACUGUGGGCAGUGAGAUCAUUUACAAAGCGAACUCGAUCCGGGCGCUCUGCAGGAUUAUUGAUGCUACAACUGUGCAGGGCAUUGAGCGGUUGAUCAAGACGGCUAUUGUGGACAAGUCCCCCGCUGUCUCCUCGGCCGCGUUGGUAUCGUCGUACCAUUUAUUGCCCAUUGCAAGGGAUGUGGUCCGGAGGUGGCAGAGUGAGACCCAGGAGGCCGCCUCAUCAUCCAAGUCAAGUGGAGGAUUCCUGAGCUUCGGUGGUAGCUCGCAGCACUCGCUCGCCGCGGCUAAUACCAAUUAUAUGAACCAGUAUCAUGCGAUCGGUCUGCUGUAUCAGAUGCGAUCACAUGACAGGAUGGCCCUGGUGAAGAUGGUUCAGCAAUACGGUGCUGCGGGAGCCGUCAAGAGUCCGGCCGGUGUUAUGAUGUUGGUACGACUGGCUGCUAGACUCGCCGAGGAAGAUCCUAGCCUCAGAAAGCCAAUGAUGCAGAUGCUGGACACAUGGUUACGGCAUAAGAGCGAGAUGGUGGUCUUCGAGGCCGCAAAGGCCAUUUGCAACAUGCCCGAUGUGAGCGAUGCGGAAGCAGCACAAGCCAUCCACGCCCUCCAGUCCUUCUUGACGUCUCCGAGAGCCGUCACUAAGUUUGCCGCGAUUCGGAUCCUCCAUUCAUUCGCCUCGUUCAAGCCCCAGGCGGUCCAUUCCGCGAACCCCGAUAUCGAAGCCCUGAUCUCAAACACGAAUCGGUCCAUCGCCACCUUUGCAAUCACCACACUUCUCAAGACCGGUAACGAAGCCAGCGUGGACAGGCUUAUGAAGCAAAUCGCCGGCUUCAUGGCGGAAAUCACGGAUGAGUUCAAGAUCACAAUUGUUGAAGCCAUCCGGACAUUAUGCAUGAAAUUUCCCAGCAAACAGGCUGGCAUGCUGACAUUCUUGAGUGGCAUCUUGAGAGACGAGGGUGGUUAUGAGUUCAAGCGUGCUGUCGUGGAGAGCAUGUUUGACCUGAUCAAGUUCGUGCCGGGAAGCAAAGAAGAGACCCUUUCACAUCUUUGCGAGUUUAUUGAGGAUUGCGAAUUCACAAAGUUGGCGGUACGGAUCUUGCAUCUCAUUGGCGUCGAAGGGCCAAAGACACCUCAACCUACAAAGUACAUCCGGUACAUCUACAACCGAGUUGUGCUCGAAAACGCACUGGUCCGUGCCGCAGCGGUCACGGCUCUGGCAAAGUUUGGUGUGGGACAAAAAGACCCCGAAGUCAAGAAAAGCGUACGAGUGCUGCUGGAGAGGUGUUUGGACGACACAGACGACGAAGUGCGCGACCGAGCGGCGUUGAACCUCCGACUGAUGCAGGAGGAAGAUGACGUCGCUGAACGCUUCAUCAAGAACGAUUCCAUGUUUUCACUCUCGACUUUCGAACACAAACUCGUCAUGUACGUCACGUCCAACGACAAGUCUGUCUUUGCCAAGGCAUUCGAUAUCAAUUCUGUGCCAGUCGUGUCACACGAACAAGCACUGGCAGAAGAACGCACCAAGAAACUCACCACCGCAACACCGACACUCAAGCCACCAAGUACAGGUCCUGCGAAACCCAAGGCCAACGGCGCCGCAGAAGGUGCUGCCGCCGGCGCAGCAGUCGCACAGAAAUACACACAAACAUUCUCCCGGGUACCCGAGCUUGCAGCAUACGGUCCUGUUCUGAAAUCCAGCAAUGUGGUAGAACUCACCGAGUCCGAGACCGAAUACGUCGUCUCCGCCGUGAAACACAUCUUCAAGGAGCACGUGGUCAUCCAGUACGACAUCAAGAAUACUCUGGGAUCAACGGUUCUCGAGAACGUCACCGUCCUGGCCUCCCCAGCAGAAGAAGAAGAACCCACCCUCGAAGAAGAAUUCAUCAUCCCGGCCACCGCUCUGAAAACCAACGAACCGGGGGUUGUAUACGUCGCAUUCCGCAAGGUCCACGGCGAAUCCUCCUUCCCCAUCACCACAUUCACCAAUGUCCUCAAAUUUACGUCCAAAGAAAUCGACCCUGUCAGUGGAGAAGCUGAGGAAGGAGGCUACGAAGAUGAAUACGAGAUUGAGAACCUUGAGCUCAGUGGGGCCGAUUUCGUGAGCCCAGCUUUCACAGGCAGUUUCGAUCAUGUCUGGGAAGGCACAGGCGCUAGUGGGGAGGAGGUGAGCGAGACGCUUGUGUUGGGUGGCGCAAGUGUUGAGGGCCUGGGUGAUGCUGCAGAGCAACUCACUUCGGCGCUAUCCUUGCAACCCCUCGAGGGCACAGACGUGGUCCUAUCCAACACGACGCACACGCUCAAGUUGUACGGCAAAUCCGUCACGGGUGGCCGCGUGGCCGCGCUGGUCAAGAUGGUAUACUCGGCCAAAACGGGCGUUACUGUCAAGGUUUCCGUGCGGACGGAUGAAAGCGGCGGUGGCCUCGCGCAAGGGAUGGUUGGCGUUUUGUCGUAG